AGAAAUAUUACGAAGAAUUAUGAGAAUUAACCAACCUAAAAGAAUGAGUAUUACACAUAAAAGAACAAUUAAUUAUCAAUUACCACAAAUACAAAAUACACCUAGAAUAAUAAUAGAUGAAAUGCAAAUACAUUCUCAUAGUGGUAAUCCUUUAGGUCAAGCUAUAUAUAAUCCAGCAGAAAAAAUUAAAAAAACAUAUGGAAUUUCAACAAGUACACUCAGAAGAUGGAAUGAUAAAGGAGAUGUAUUAUGUAUCACAAUGCCAGGUGGAAAACGAUUAUACUCAACAGAAGAUAUUGACAACAUAUUCGUAUCCAAUGAAAAUAAGAAAGAUGAUCUCGAAAGGCAGUGUGCAUACCUCACUUCUGAAUUUCCAGAUCAUAAAAUCAUUACCGAUAUCGGGUCAGGAAAUAUUGAAAAAGUUGUGAUCACCAGGAAAGAUCGACUUUGUAGAUUUGCAUAUGAACUUGUUGAAUGGAUCUUUUCAAAACAUGAAGUCAAACUCAUGGUACUCAAUACAGAUGUUGGAUCAAACAAUCCAGACACAGGAGAACUUGCAGAAGAUCUAUUAUCUAUUAUUCGAAUUUACUCAACAAUACAAGAAAAAGAAAAACUUAUGAAAUGGAUGAACACAGCAAGAUGGACUUAUAAAAAAGCAUUAGAAUUAAUAAAAAAUGGAGAAGUGAGAAUCAAAAAAAACUUGAGACAAAAAUGUAUUAAUAAUGAAAAUUUUAGAUAUGAAAAUACAUGGGUAUUAGAAACACCAUAUGAUAUUAGAAAUGAUAUAUUAAUAGAUUUACUUGAUGCAUAUAAUUCAAAUUUCAAAUCAAAGAGAAAAAAAUUUAACAUUAGAUAUAAGAGCAAGAAAGAUAAACAAUAUUCGAUAACUAUACAAUCUCGUGAAUGGAAUAGAAAAAGAGGAAAUUAUGCAUUUCUUAAAAAGAUUCGUACUUCAGAACAACUUCUAGAGAUAAAUAAUGCUGUUAAUCUAGUUUGUGAUAAAUUUAAAAGAUUUUAUAUUUGUAUACCCAUUCCUAUCGAAGAACAAUAUCAUGAAAAUGAUGAUUUCAUCUCUAUCGAUCCUGGAAUUAGAACUUUCAUGACUGGAUAUGAUCCAAAAGGAAAGAUCUUUGAAUGGGGUAAAGGAGAUAUCUCUCAUAUAUAUCGAUUGUGUAAAAGAUAUGAUAAAUAUCAGAAUGAAAGAUCUAUGCUUAAAAGUGGAUAUUAUAAACAUAAGAGAUACACAUUGAAGAGAAAGAUGUUGAAGAUAUAUGAUAAGAUCAAGAAUUUGAUAAAGAAUUGUCAUCAUAAGAUAGUAAAAGAACUAUGUGAAAAUUACAAUACUAUCUUAUUACCAAGAUUUGAAACUCAGAAUAUGAUUAGAAAAAAAACAAGACUCGAGAACCAAGAGUCUACUAAAAAGAAUUUCAAGAGAAAGAUCAGAAACAAGACUGCAAGAAUGAUGUUGACCAUGUCACAUUAUAAGUUUCAACAACAUAUUAUACAUAAGAUACGAGAAUAUCCAAGAAGAUUGUUGAUAUUAUGUGAUGAACAUUAUACUAGCAAGACUUGUGGAUGCUGUGGAUAUAUUAAGAAUAAUCUUGGUAGUGCAAAAAAGUUUAAAUGUGACAAAUGUGGUUUUGAGAUUGAUAGAGAUCAUAAUGGUGCUCGAAAUAUACUUUUAAGACAUUUGAGUCAAGGAGACUUGACGCUGGGACCUACCCUACUCGAAUGA